GUUUACUUAUGCUCUAACUCUAACACGGAAGUGCCCUUCUCUCCCACGCCUCUUCUAUCAGCUGCCAGCUGUCCUUUUACCCAUCACUUUAUGCCUCCAUUGAAGUUACGGAUUACAUCGGUGGAGUUUGGAAGCACCUGUCAACUUAUCUGCGCUAAAGAAUUUAAAUAUGGAGACAACAGUGGAUCAAAGUCAACCUCUGAAUGAAAAGCAGGUGCCCAACUCUUGUGAUCACUAUGUAUGGGAAGUGUCGGACAUGAACAGGUUGAGACGGUUUCUUUGUUUUGGUUCGGAAGGUGGGACUUACUACAUAGAGGAAAAGAAACUCGGUUUUGAGAACGCAGAGGCCCUUCUUCGACUUAUCCAAGAUGGCAAAGGCACUGAGGUAGUCCAGGAGAUCAAAGCCUUCAGCCAAGAAGGAAGAGCAGCUAAACAGGAGCCAACCCUAUUUGCUUUGGCUGUAUGCUCCCAGAGUUCUGAUACAAAGACCAAGCAGGCUGCAUUUAAGGCAGUACCAGAUGUGUGUCGUAUCCCCACACACCUCUUUACUUUUAUACAAUUCAAGAAGGACCUAAAAGAAGGUAUGAAGUGUGGCAUGUGGGGGCGUGCACUAAGAAAAGCCGUCUCUGAUUGGUACAACACUAAAGAUGGUUUGGCAGUGGCGAUGGCUGUCACUAAGUAUAAACAGCGGAAUGGUUGGGCCCACAAGGAUCUGCUUCGCUUGUCUCACAUUAAACCAGCCAAUGAAGGUGUAACUAUGGUGACCAAAUAUAUCUCCAAGGGCUGGAAAGAGGUCCAGGAAGCCUACAAAGAAAAGGAACUGUCCCCAGAGACGGAAAAAGUUUUUAAGUAUCUAGAGGCUACUGAGAAAGUAAAAAGAACCAAGGAUGAGUUAGAGAUCAUUUACCUGAUAGAGGAGUAUCGCUUAGUCAGAGAGCACCUCCUCACUACCCAUUUAAAGUCUAAAGAGAUCUGGAAGGCAUUGCUACAGGAAAUGCCUCUAACCGCUAUGUUAAGGAACCUGGGGAAAAUGACAGCUGAUUCUGUCUUAGCACCAGCUAGCCCAGAAGUAGCCAGUGUAUGUGAGCGACUGAAUAAUGACAAGCUGCUGAAGAAGGCCAGGAUUCACCCGUUCCAUAUCUUGAUCGCAUUGGAAACAUAUAAAAGAGGACAAGGCAAUAAAGGCAAACUGAAAUGGGUCCCGGACAACGCUAUCAUGGAAGCCCUUGACAAGGCAUUUUACAAAACAUUCAAGAUGGUGGAACCAACAGGAAAACGAUUUCUGCUUGCUGUUGAUGUUAGCGCAUCCAUGAAUCAGCGAGUUUUGGGCAGCAUUUUAAAUGCAAGCACUGUAGCUGCAGCAAUGUGUAUGCUUGUCACUCGCACAGAGAAGGAUUCGCAUAUAGUUGCUUUCUCCGAUGAAAUGGUCCCAUGUCCUGUCACUGUGGACAUGCCGCUACCUGAAGUACUAGAAAAAAUGAGUAAUAUCCCAAUGGGUAGCACCGACUGCGCACUCCCAAUGAUUUGGGCACAGGAAACCAAGACUGCUGUGGAUGUGUUUAUUGUAUUUACUGACUGUGAGACCAAUAUUGAGAAUAUACAUCCAGCAACAGCCCUGAAAGAAUACAGAAAGACUAUGGGCAUCCCAUCAAAAUUAAUAGUCUGUGCAAUGACUUCCAAUGGCUUUUCCAUAGCAGACCCGGAUGACAGAGGAAUGUUUGAUAUGUGUGGCUUUGACACUGCAGCUUUGGAUGUGAUCCGAAACUUCACCCUUGAUUUAAUUUAAGCUACCUAAGUAGUGCCUAGCAUAGGAGAGACGCCUGCCGCCUUGCUCCGUGGUGUUCCCAGCAACUGUACAUCUGGAAAUUUCCCAAACCUUCACAGGAAAACACUAGCUAAACUACCUACAGUAGGACACACACUAGUUUUUCUGCAGUUGUGGUGUUUGAAAGCUUUUAUUCUGCAGAAAAAAAUAUGUUGGCAAUUCCUCUAGCACAAGAAGCAGCUAUGUUGUAUAUGAUUAGUUGCGGUUAAUCUAUAUGACCAGAAUCGUAGGCCAUCUACUUAGCUUGUCACUUACCACUUACUUGUGUGCAAUUAAUUUGUGUUGAUGAUUAAUGGUGUCAAUAUGGAAGGUCUGUAACACUCGUACUUAAAGGGAAGUUUAUAUAUACAUACAUACACUGGUUUUCUGUAACAAGUCUGAGAUCGAUAUAAAUAGGCCUCUGCAAUCACUGUGUAGAAUGUUGCAGGGUCCAUUCUAAAGUCAAGAGGCACUCCAGCCUCUCUGUCAAUAGUGGGCAAUUAAACAGGAUAAUUUAAAAGGAAAAAAUAGACAAAAUAAUAUUGCAAUUUUUUACUAUUCAUUUUAUGGUGAAUUAAAAUGUUGAUUUAAUGUCCUUUUAAGAUUUUUAGUGGGUAAUUAAUGAUCUACAAAAUGUACAGAAUAGUUAUAAAACAAUAUCCAGUUAAGGAUUUAUUUUAUGCAGAGAGCUGUAGUUUUUAAAAUAAAUGAAAUCUUUAGUUCACAUGCAUUCCAUAUUCAUUAACACUAUCAUAGCUUCAUUUCCUGUUUUCCUAGUUGACUUGAUUCUUUAUACUUUUGUGCCAGUUAAUAUAUUGUCCACAAAUUGUUCACUCCAAAAAUGACUACUUUAAUGUCUGUUAACGCAAGUUUAGAUGUCUAAAAAAAAAGCACUAAAUACCUAUUCAUUUAUUUUUCUACAAAUGUAAGUUCAUCUGUCUCCAUUGAUUAUAGUGUUUAGGAAAUCAAGUUCUCACCAGGCUUCAUUAUUGAUAGAAUGUAAACUAGAAAGACUGGCUGAACUAUGAAGAUUAUUUUAUUGGCCAUAACUGAGUGGUAUUUUCUAAUAUAAAAUAGAGAGAAUUAAUUAACUUGGUAAUUGUUCUUUACCACUAAUAUAUUUUUAUGCUUGUAAAAUCAACAUAUAUAUAUAUAUAGUAACUUAGCUGUUCAUGAUCUUGCAGCUGAAAAUAAUAUAUUUACAAUUUUAUUUGUUUUUGUUUUUCAGUAAGGGUUCUAUGGAUCAGGCCUCUAAGCAAUUGUAUUGAAUUUACUAUUUGCACAAAGGAAAUAUCUUACUUUGUCUCUAAACUAUAAAACGCAUAUGUUACCACCUAUCAGACUGAUAUUUAAUCAUCUUUACUAUGGGGAAAUUUUAUUAAGCUGCAAUCACCACUUAUGAUGCAGCAUCGCAUGGCUAAAUUUAAGAUUGCACAAGAGCUCUCUUGUUAUAUUAUGCCCCCCCCCCCCAAUCUCUCGCAAACAAUCCUGCGAGAACUGGACCUGUCAAUCACCCGAAUAACCGCGUUUUGGGAGAUAUAUCUCCGCCAAAUCUUAAAUUUGUGGUUGUAGACCCCAGUCUCUCAUAAGCUACAAAUGCAGCAUGAAAAAUUUCUCCCUAUUGGCCCAAUGAUCAAAAACUCGCCUGCGUAAAGAUAAAUCAUUUAAACUCUUCAUUUUUGGAGCAUUAUAUUAUGAUUUAUGUGUCUCUCCUUCAAAUCCAGAUUUCAGCAUUUCGCGAUAAACAGCUCUAAAGCUAAAAUUUGCAUUUCUACAUUUUUUGAGGCACCUGACAUUACUGACAAAACUUCCUUAGAUAAUCUCGCCAGUGUGGAGAGCUUUAGAUUAUCGGGCCUAUGAGUGUUAAGCUGUAUAAUAUUAAUAACAUAGAUUAAUAAGCGCUCAUAAGAGACACGAUUUUAUAGAAAUUCUUUGAGCAUCGAUUCACCUACCUUUUCCAAUGUUUCUUUAGUGGGUUUUUCUUAUUACUUAUACAUCAUGUAUUAAGUACUGCACACAACUUUUGAUGUUAAUGGAAGGAAGUUUGGCGGGGCACAUUGGUAAAACUUUACAAAAUGUUAUUGGAAGCACAUAUUACAUUUAAUUAUAAACAUGUCUCUUGCAAGAGGAAACAUAUGGUGGACUGACGCGUUUCGGCUUAUGCCUUUAACAGAGACCUGAUACACGAUAUCUCACACUUCAAACGAGAACUGCUAACGGUGUGGAAAGGCACUAAUUACAACCGCUAUUUCAAAGCUGACAAGGCUGUUCUGUUUUAAUCGUCUUUUCUUUCUGUUUAACCAUUUUCAUGUUUUCUUUUUUUUUUCCAUGUGUUAGAGUUUACUUUUUCAGUUUUCAUUUGUUUGUUCUUUAACAGUUUGAAGGCAAUUUUGUGAUGGCAGCAUCGUUGGUUCCAUGUGCCAAGGGAAGAACGGUUACAAGAUGGAUGCUGUUCCAGUGAUUUAUAUAGAGAGUGACUCACAACUUGACAAUGUGAUUAAAGGAGGGCACAAAUAUUUAUGAAUUCUGCAAUUAUCGAGAUAUUAUUUUGCCAAUAGGUUGUAUUGAGUCUAGGCCAUUGCUAUAUACCAAUCAAAAUUUCUCAGUUAAUGCCCGGGACCAGAUUCUCAUUGACCCAGGACAGGCUGUGUUUUGAGUGGAGUAGGGACCAUGGGUACUAGUAGAUGGUGGAGACGGUUCUGGAGCAUUGUUGGGCUUUCUCUGGUUUUACUUUGUGAAAUCAAGACAUUUAUAGGUGAGGGAACCGGUAGGAUGGGCAGGGGAACUUAGCACCCACACCAGUACUGUCCCACAAAAUGCAGGUCGGUUAGGAAAUCAUUUCAUUUCUGUAAACAUUCCCAUUUGCUAUUAGGAACAAGUGAAUACUCAGUGGAUUUUUAUUCAAGGACCAGAACAGAUUUGUUAUUUUUCUUCUACAGGUUAAAAAAAAAAAAAGAUGUUAACUGUUUAAAAAAAUAAAAUAAAAGUGUCUUAUUAGUGUUUUACAUAACACCUGUAGAAAUAUUCACAUUAUCAAAUUGGUGUUGUUAGAACAUUGGGGCUCUUACAGCACCCUUAAUAAUAAAAGACCAUGGCCCCUGAAUUUAGUAGCCACCAUUUUUUAACAUGUCCAGUGCUUUGAUAAGGUGGGUACAGCAGCCCAGUUAGGCAUUAUUUCCCUUUAAGCUAUGUGGCAAGAAACUGCAGCAACCUGGAGCCGCAGAGAAACCGGUAGGGAUCUAGGCAGAUGCUAAAUGGAAAGCAGAAAGUUAAGUUAUUAUGUUCUGCUACAUAAAGAGGCAGUAAAGGGAAAAGGGAAUUAAAGGGACGUGAAACCCCAUUUGUUUCUUGCUUGAUUCAGAAAGAGCGCGUGCUUGUAAAUAACUUUCCUAUUUCCUUUUAUCUAAUUUGUUUUGUUAUCUUGGUAUCCUUUGUUAAAAAGGAUACCUAGGUAAGCUCAGGAGCUGCUGAUUGGUGGCUGCACAUAUAUGCCUCGUGUUAUUGGCUUGUCCAGUGCAGCUACCAGUAAUUCAUUGCUGCUUUUUCAACAAAGGAUAUCAAGUGAGUGAAGCAAAUUAGAUAACAAGUAAAUUGAGAAAGAUGGGAAAGGCUUACACAUAGGGGUCCAUUUAUCAAGCUCCGAAUGGAAUCGCCAGAAAUCAACCCGAUCGGGUUGAUUGACACCUCCCUGCUGGAGGCGGCGUUGCACCAGCAGCUUUUGUGAGCUGCGGGUGCAAUGCUGAAUACGGAGAGCGUAUUGCUCUCCGCAUUCAGCGAGGUCUUGCGGAUCCGCACUGUCGGAUCUGGUCUGCAAGACCUAUGAUAAAUAGGCCCCAUAAUUGGGACUACUUGCCUUAGGGCCAGAUCACAUCCUAGUUGGGAAAGUAGUAAUAAAAAUAAAUGCAAGUCCAUUAGGUUAUAUGUUGUUAUUUUUCUAUUGGAAUGAAAUCUAGCCCUUUUUUUUUAGCAUCUUCAAUUUAUAAGAUUUAAUGCUUUGUAUCACAAACUAUUUACAUAUGCACUCACUUAUUCCUGAUCUGAGCACGAAUUACAGUAUCAAUUGUUACAUCUCAUUUAAACUGUAAAACCCCUGCUCAGUUUUAUUCUUUAAAGGAACAUACAAAGAAUAAUAAAACACUCUACUAAAAACA